UUAAGAGCACAUAUUUUUCGCUUGUAUUGUGAGCUCCGGUUUUAAGGACCAACCCAUACAUACAACUCUGCUAUACAUCGGAGUCAAUGCAACCCAAUAGUAGUAGUGCUGCUGUACUGCCUGUGCUGUGUAUGUGUCGGACUGACUGACUGUGUGUUUGCUUUGUGUGUUGUCUGUUGUUUACCAUUUAAAGACAUUUAAAUCACAAACUAAUCGACCGAUUUUAUCGUCAAUGACCAGUGAGGACACACCGAAGCACUAGCCCUUGAAUACAUUGACCGGAACCGAAAUGGACAGUCAGAUGUUUUGACUAUUUUUUGUUUGGUUGAAGAUCACCAUUGGUUGCCACCGUUUAAUAUAGACUACCGUCUGUUGUGUCCUCAAGAGUCUGUCGUGUGUCAAACCCAUUCCCUCCUCCACACCACCACUAAAACGUAUCGGUGCCUCACUAUCUGUCACAACAAACAAAUCAUACAUUUAUUUAUUUAUUUUUAAAAAAAAGUUUACAUAUAUAUAAUCUGUAUAUAAAAUCAUAUAUAUUAAACAUACGGCAAAAUAUCUAUAAAUAUAUAUAUGAUAUAUAAAAUUGUAUAUAAUAUAAGAAGAAGAAGAAACAAUUGAAUCAAACAAUCGAGUCAUAAGUGGUUAAACGAUCGGUGAUUGUCUUCAAUGUCCAAACUCGACGCCAAGCAAUACAUAACAAAUGGCUUAUCACGCGAUACGUUCAUCGAUCGGUUCGGUCAGACCCGAGACCACAUCUAUUUGGCCACAAAUCACACACAGAAACAACAGGACAAUGUUAGACAGGUAAAACGUAAGCUCAACUGGGAUUCCGGUGCCGAAAGUGCCGAAACACCUCAAACCCAGCCAACUGUGAGCACAAUAAAGUUUGCUUCAAAAGUCAUAUUCAAAGCUCCCUCACUACCAAAUAAUGUCAGGCCCGUUGUGGCCAGUUAUGUGGUGCCCAAUAAUAAUAAUGCCACCAAUAAUAUGGCGACGACACCACCGCCAAAACCAAUUACUGUCACUAAAUAUAAAAUAACAACAAGUAGUCCUCAAACACCCGUUUCCGAAGACAGCAACACUCCUUCUAAAGGAAAACAUCGAUACGAGACUUCAUUGGGACAGUUGACUCGCAAAUUCAUUAGUUUACUUCAAAAUGCAUCCGAUGGCAUUUUAAAUCUAAAUGAGGCCUCAACUGUACUACAAGUGCAGAAGCGCCGAAUCUAUGACAUAACUAAUGUCUUAGAAGGCGUCGGUUUAUUGCACAAGACAUCGAAGAAUAAUAUCCAAUGGAAGGGUGGUUCCAUGGAAGGCGGACCGCAGGCUUGUUCGUCGAAUGCCUUCCAAUCUGAAACAGUAAUCGCUAAGAAAAUUCAGAUGGAAAUGGAAAACGCAAGACUCGAUGCCAAAGAACGAGAGCUCAACGCUAUGAUCGAAAUGGCCAACAAUGACUUGCGGUCCGCUCACGAAAAUAUCGAAAACAAGAGGCUAGCCUUUGUUACAUAUCGAGAUAUUAGGGGUAUCAAAGAAUUUUCAGACCAGACUGUGAUAGCUAUUAAAGCACCCUCAGAGACAAAACUGGAAGUACCUGAUCCUAGAGAGAGUCUUCAAAUAUGGCUUAAAAGUGAAAGAGGAGAGAUUGAAGUGUAUUUGUGUCCCGAAGAUGACGGAACUGCACUUAAUUCUGAUGAUGGAAAGGGAGAAUCAAUACAUUCGGAUGUAAUGCACACCAAUGAAAAUACAAACGAUGGAUCAAAAGCUGAUACCGAAACUGCCCUCAAGUUUGCAUUCAUAUCCGAAGACGAUGAUAUGGGACCCAUGGGAAGCAAAAGUUAUCUGAUGCAAACUGAGGAUCAACUUAAAUAUGCCAAUGAAACCGCAUUGACCUCAUCUGACCCGACCUCAAACUUGCCAUUCUUGCACUUAGAGCCGCCUCUCUCUGAAGAGGAUUAUAAUUUUACACUCGAAGAGAGCGAAGGUAUCGCCGAUUUGUUUGACGAUGACUUUUCGCUAUCAUGAGUGGUGUGAAAAUUUGCAUAAAAUUUAUCGUUUUUUUUAUUAAGUUAACAUUUUUUUAAUUACCGGCUCUUAAAUUAUGCCAAUUAAUGGAUUAUUUAAAUCAAUUAUUUUAAAACAAUAUGAAUUUUUUUGAAAAUCGAUAUCAUUGGCUAAGAGUCAUGUAUUGUUUGUGCGAAUAGUAUAUAUAUAUUUCGGGUCAACUAAAAUAUAAGUUUAUAUAUAUUUAACAUUUCGAUCAUCUCUUCUUAUAUAUAUACUGUAUAUGUAUAUAUAUAGAUAAUAGUAUAUAUAUAUAAAUAGAUUUAUUUAUUUUUAAUAUGUAAUAUUAUUAUUAAGUUAAACCACUAAUUUACACAAUUACUGUCAUCCCCUUA